UAGCAGAUGGCAAAGAUGCUUAGUCAUGGACCAAAGAGUAGUAUGUAGGAGGGAUUUUAGGAGCACAUCCUAUUGGCUGCUACACUGUAGAAGCAGGCAACCAAAAGUUAUUCUAUAGUUGGUCAAAGAAAAUCAGGAUAUGGCAACUUCAACCAAGCCUGUUCUUCAUGGAUACUUCAGGAGUUCCUGUUCCUGGAGGGUCCGCAUUGCAUUUGCACUUAAAGGCAUUGAAUAUGAUCAAGUUCCAGUUAAUCUGAUCAAGGAUGGUGGUCAGCAGUAUGCACAGCAGUACAAGAAACUUAACCCAAUGCAACAAGUGCCUGCAGUUGAAAUCGAUGGCAUAACAAUUUCUCAAUCACUGGCAGUUAUCCAGUACAUUGAUGAGACCAGGCCAGGGACACCGCUCCUUCCUUCAGACCCCAAGAAACGUGCUCAGGUUCGGAUGAUAAGUGACCUCAUUGCCUCGGGGAUACAACCUCUGCAGAAUUUGUCUGUGAUUCAGAAAAUUGCAGCAGAAAAGGUACCAUGGGCACAGCACUUCAUCAGUCGAGGGUUUCAAGCCCUUGAACCUAUUCUGAAAGAAACAGCAGGGAAAUAUUGUGUCGGAGAUGAGAUAUCGAUGGCCGACGUCUGUCUAGUUCCCCAGGUCUACAAUGCAGAGAGGUUCAAAGUGGACAUUGAACAGUACCCGACAAUCAAAAGACUGAAUGCAACCUUAGUAGAGAUUGAUGCUUUCAGAACUAGUCACCCAUCGUGUCAGCCAGAUACUCCUGAUGAUUUGCGUCAACCUUAAACAUCUUAAGUUGUGUAACAUAAUUGCAAAUGGGUUGGAGUAGUAGUUAUGAACAAACAUCUCAUAAAAGGUCAUUUUUAUUAUUUGAAUAUAAAACUUUAUUAAAAGUUGUGAUACAAAGGAUUGG